GGUGCACAUGUGGUGUUUGAGUGUGGGGUGAAACUCGGAUUGCUGCAUACUAUGUAAACCCAAACCAGCGCUUAUCCGAUUUCGUAUCCAACCGCGGGGUUUUCAUUUGUUGUACUAUGUAAGUCUUUAACAAAUUUUGAGAAUGGUGGCGGCUUAACAAAAAGAGUCAUUUCUUUCAUUAUUUCCCUCCAACUUGCAAAGAAUCCAACGCUAUAUACCUAGGGACCUACCAAAUAAUAAAACGCUUCCACGAUGGCCGACGAGGAAAUUGCAGUUUACGAUGAGGUCGAGAUAGAAGACAUGACCUUCGACGAGACGCUACAGAUCUACCACUAUCCUUGCCCGUGUGGCGAUCGAUUCGAGAUUUCACUUAUGGACCUCCAAGACGAGGAGACAGAUAUUGCUGUUUGUCCCAGCUGUAGUCUGAUGAUUCGAGUUAUCUAUGAUCUGGAUAACCUACCAAAGCCCGACUCUGACCCUCCGGCUCCCCCUAGCACUGAAAAUCAAGUACCUCUUACUGCGUGAACAUUCGCUCUGUGAAGGGCAGAUGCGUGAUAUAAUACAGAUAAUACACAACGAGCGCGAGAAUGACAAAUCGCCGAGCCGUGGAGGACUAAUGGUAGCGUCGUGGAAUGAUAUCUUGUGAUGUCAAACUGCUCGGGAGGGGUAUGCGAUAUACGGGAAAGACGAAAUACAAUACCGCUACAUUUUGCAAGCCAGGUAUCUAAGCCAGGUAUCUGUCAACACAGAUAAGACGUGUUAGCUUCGCUUGAAACCCCAAUACCCCCAAGAAACGAUCACGUUAUGGCACAUGCAGCAUGUGCAAAAUCAGCGAAGGUCUGUUGGAACCAUGGGUUAGGUACGCGGCGGCAAAGUGCAGCUUAAGAUCGGGGUACCGCAUAUUCAGUAUGCAAGAAGUGCGAUCGCAGAUGAUCAACCUGCUAGGCCAGAUCAAAUUCAAUGCGGAAAUAUUAUUAUUAAUAUUA